AUGUCAGGGUGCGGCGCGGUCUCACGGCCGCUGACGAGGCAAUUGGCACAACGAUGUGUCAUCCGGACGUUUAGCAGCAGCGCCGUCCGCGCCUCAGAGACGACGACCACGACGACGACUCAGGAGGACCCUGCAGCAACGACCACGACGACACCGCCAUUGACGCAGGCGGACCUUGACCCCAAUACCGUACCACGCGAGCUCGAGCAGCAACUGUUGGACCAGGGCAUAAUGCCGAUUGGUUCGCGGCGCCGGCGCGAGGCGAUCCGGACGACGGGUAGCCUCCCGUUUGAGCAGCUGCCGUUCCAGGCGUUCCAGGAGGCGCGCAAGAUUCUCGCGGCGGACCGCGAGGUCAAGCUGGCGAGCUUGGCAGCGGCGGUGAACAAGGUAGCGGCGCUCGAGGCCAAGGAUGCGGCGGAAAUCAAAGGCGGCGAGACGAUGAAGCAGAUUCGGCUGCGGAGCCUGCGCAAGGAGGCGCAUCGUCUGACGAUUCUGGCAGAUAUCAAUGAUCCUUUGGUCAAGCGAAGAUUUGAAGACGGACUCGGCGACAUGACCAAGCCCAUCUACCGCCACCUCGCCGAGAGAAAGUGGCGCUCAUACGACUACAAGCUCAUCAAGCAGCGCAUCGAGCAGUUCAACAUCGUCCCCGACAUACUGCCCAAGCUGGAACCCACCGUCGAUGUGCAGCUGUACUUUGACCGCGCCAAGAUCUCGCCUGGUAGCGUCGUGCCUAGCUACGUCUCCGAGCGCGUGCCGCGUCUCAAGGUGCAAGCCUUUGACGACCGGGGAGAGCGGCUCGUCACCGUUGUCGUCGUCGACGCCGACGUGCCCGACGUCGACGCCAACGGCUUCUUCAAGCGCUGCCAUUACGUCGCCGCCAACGUGCCCGUCAGCCCCGCCCUGCCCGCCGUCGCCCUCCCGCUGCUCACUGCCGCCCAAGGCGACAACGGCCAGCUCGCCGUGCCGUGGCUGCCGCCGCAUGCCACCAAGGGCGCGCCCUACCACCGCCUCGCCGUCUUUAUUCUCGAGCAAGAGCCCGGCGCGACCGUCGACGUCGCCAAGAUGAGCACGCUGUACGCCGACAAGCGGGACCGCUUCUCGCUAAAGUCGUUUCGCGACAAGUUUGCGCUGACGCCCGUCGGCUUCACCAUGUUUCGCAGCGAGUGGGAUGAUUCGACGGCGGAUGUCAUGGCGCGUCACGGCAUCGCGGGCGCCGACGUCGAGCUCCGCCCGCAGCGCGUCUACAGCCUCAAGCCGCUCAUCAAGUCGCGCGGCUGGGAAGCCAAGCACCAGAGCGGCAAGUACCGCCAUCUGGAUAAGUACACGAAACGCAUCAAGGGCGUCUCCAACGCGCGGGGGUGGACAAAGCGUCGUUGA